UUUUGAUUAUUUGCCAAAUGUUUCUCUCUCUCUCUCUCUCUCUCUCUCUCUCUCUCUCUGCCCGUUAACUCCCUCAUAUCCCUUGAAAAACACCUCAACAGACACCACCUCCCCCUUUAUCUGUCCACUUCCUCUGUCCACCUUCUCUCUCUAUAGAUACACAAUACAGCCCUAAACGUACUCUACUUGUCGCUUUCGUUACCACAUCAGAGGAACGAAUGAAAAAGAAACCCACCACCACUCUCUGUCUUUGUGUCCUGUAUUUUGUUGUAAAUUUGUAACGUAGAAUGUUCAUCAGCUAAAAUAGUCCAAACCGUCCCAUUUCAGGCCCCUUCACCAUCUCUUACGAACAAUAUGUGAAGACCCAUUUCAUAUUUGUAUGUUUUUAGUGUUAAUAAUAUCUAAUGAAGGGUCAUUGAGUAUUGAUUGUCAUCUUUUCCCAAUUUUUUGAACAAAUCUUUGAGCUUUCUGACAAAUCCAGCAAAACCCAUUUGGUCAGUUAAUUAGAAGAAGGUGUUACAUACCAGACCCAUUAAGGUGAUUUGAGUUAAAUUGACCAAGUCAUGGGGUUUUACAUUCCCCAUGAUUUAGAAUAAUUUUAAGGUUUUCUGUACUCUUCUUGAUCAUGGAGGGGGAAACAUCAUGGUUCAGCCACUGCCUUGAUGACAUUGCAAGAGACAUUGGGGAGUUUGAUUCAUUCUCGGAGUUUAGUGAUGAAGGCAAUAAAGAAGUUACAGCUGUUUCUGUGGAUUCAAUCCUACCUGACGACUUGGUGGAGCGAAUCCUAGCCUAUCUCCCCAUUGCAAGCAUUUUUAAAGCAGGUUGUGUGUGCAAAAGAUGGCAUGAGAUAGUCAGUUCAAAAAGGUUUCUUUGGAACUUCUCGCAUGAUCUAUCACAAAAACCUUGGUAUUUCAUGUUUACAAGCUCUGAUGAACCAAUUGGUUAUGCAUAUGAUCCCAUCCUUCGAAAGUGGUACGGCAUUGAACUCCCCUGCAUUCAGACAUCUAAUUGGUUCAUUGGUUCAUCAUGUGGCCUAGUUUGCUUCAUGGACAAUGAGAGUAGAAGUGAGCUUUAUGUCUGUAACCCAAUUACCAAAUGCUGCAAUAAGCUUGAGAAGCCUCCAGGUUUGAAAUUUUCAGACUACAGUGCACUGGCAAUCUCGGUGAACAGGAUGUCACACCAUUACAAUGUCUCAGUUGUGAAAUCUAAGCAAGUCCCAGGAAAUUUUUUUCAGUGGGAUCUCUCAAUUCACAUUUAUGACUCGGAAACAAUGAUGUGGUUGACGCCUCUGACAGAAGUUUUGACAGGGUGGAGAGCUGGUGAUGAAAGUGUGAUCUGUGAUGGAGUUUUGUACUUCUUGAUUUACUCAACCGGGGGUCGUUUGCCGGAUAAUCGUCAUGGUUUAAUUACUUAUAACCUCUCAAGCCGCUCAACCAAUGGUUUGCUAAUAAAGAGUUUCAUCCCGGUGCCAUGUUCUCUUACAUGUGGCCGCUUGAUGAACCUAAAGGAGAAGUUGGUAAUGGUGGGAGGGAUUGGGAAACAAGAUCGGCCAGACAUAAUUAAGGGGAUUGGCAUAUGGGUUCUUAAUGGGAAGGAGUGGCAAGAGAUUGCUCGAAUGCCCCAUAAGUUCUUCCAAGGAUUUGGAGAGUUUGAUGAUGUUUUUGCUAGCAGUGGUACGGAUGACCUCAUAUACAUCCAAAGCUAUGGGGCCCCCACUCUUCUUGUUUUUGACAUGAGCCAGAAGCAAUGGAGAUGGUCCCAGAAAUGCCCAGUGAUGAAGAGGUUCCCACUUCAGCUCUUUACUGGUUUUUGCUUCGAACCUAGGAUUGAAAUUGCUCCCUGAUUUCGUUCUCAUUGCAUUGGAUGUUGUCGUGGUACUGACAAAUUCAUCUGAUUUCUAUUUCAUUGCUCUUUUGAGUUUAUAAGUUAUAACUUAUAACCUGUGUUUUGAAAACGUUUAUAGAGAAUGUACCAGCUCAUUCAUGAAAUGGGAAUAUUAUUCUUUGCAUUCAUGAGUACUGGAGUGAAUACUAGUUCAAGGUGUAUAUUUUCCUUCUUAAUACUUUUGUCAUUUCUACCAAAACUCCGUAAUGUCUU